AUGCUCUCGCCGGCGUCUGUCCCGACGUCUGGCGAGCUCGGGGGGGACAGGUGGUCCCCCUCUGCCCCCUCCUCUGCUCAGCGGGGUACACCCUGCACCUCCGGUGCUCGUUCGGCGCCGACUGUACCCCUCGGCGCCAUCCGUGCUCUCCAUUCGCCUCUCACGGGACCCUCCUCCACUCCCUCUGCCCCUCCUCCACCCCCUCCUCUGCUCAUUGGGACCGUUCGUCGGUCAUUGUCGAUCGUUGGGUUCGGUUGUAGCUCGUGGAGCUCGGUCGGCGGUCAUUGGGUUCGGUCGUCGUUCGCUGGGCUCGGUUGUUGCUCGUUGGGCUCGGUUGUUGCUCGUUGGGCUAGGGGGUCGGUUGUUGGGCUCGCUGGUCAAUCGUUGGGCUUGGUCGUCACUCGUUCGCUCGUUCAUUGCCCGUUGGGCCUGUUCGAGUGCUCGUACUCCCCCCUCCUCAUGCUCUCCCUUGUGCUUGAGCUGCUGGCAGUGGGUGCUGAGCAGGAGGCAAAGGGCGAGGGUGAAGGCUGA